CUAUACUAUUUAAACUCCAUCUUCUUCGAUUAAUCACGCUGCCGCAGAGAGUGUAGGGUUUGUAGCUUCGUCGACGCUUUUUGCUGCUGCUGUUCUUCAUCCGGCGAUUUCAACUAGCAGCCAUGGGGAAGACGCGUGGUAUGGGAGCCGGGCGCAAGCUCAAGUCCCACCGAAGAACUCAAAGGUGGGCUGAUAAGGCGUAUAAAAAAUCUCAUCUUGGUAAUGAAUGGAAAAAACCAUUUGCUGGGUCUUCACAUGCCAAGGGAAUUGUUUUGGAAAAGAUAGGUAUUGAAGCUAAGCAACCUAACUCUGCCAUCCGUAAAUGUGCCCGUGUUCAAUUGAUCAAGAAUGGAAAGAAGAUUGCUGCUUUUGUUCCCAAUGAUGGUUGUUUAAACUACAUUGAAGAAAAUGAUGAGGUUCUUAUUGCUGGAUUUGGACGUAAAGGACAUGCUGUGGGAGAUAUUCCUGGAGUCAGGUUUAAGGUUGUCAAGGUAUCUGGUGUUUCCCUUCUUGCUCUCUUCAAAGAGAAAAAGGAGAAGCCAAGGUCUUAGUUUUGUUUCAGGGCGAAAAUUUGAUUUUCUAUAGUUUGGCUGUUGUUUUCAUUGUUUCUUAAGAGUAAAUUUUCAACUGUUUGAAAUACUCUUUAAUCUUAAUCAUGUUAAAGUAGUCUGUUUGUAGACUCAAAUGUCAUUUCUACUUGAGCUAUUAUCAUUAUAACAAUCUCAUAAAUCUUUCUUUUCUCAA